GACUGAUACCUUUAUGUUGACUCCUACUGAUGAGGAAAGUGACCACCAGCUCCUCUCUCACAACUCUCAUGUAGCUGAGAGCCAAGAUCAGAAAGGAGGCAAGCAUGGAGACUCAGGCUCAACUAGAACUGCAGAGCCAAAUGAACAGAGUCUACAUCACGAAAGCACAAGUCACAGUAACAAUGUAGACAACCCUCACCUGUCAGAGAUGCACUGUGAUACUCACACAGAGCUCCCACAGCAACAUGUCUGUAAGGAGGAGGAGGUCCUCUCUGAUCAGCAGCUCUGUAUUCAGGAGAGGAACUCCAGUCUGGACCAAGAGGACCCAGAGCCUCCACAGAUUAAAGAGGAGCAGGAGGAACUCUGCACCAGUCAGGAGGGAGAGCAGCUUGUACUGAAGCAGGAGACUGAUACCUUUAUGUUGACGCCUACUGAUGAGGAAAGUGACCACCAGCUCCUCUCUCACAACUCUCAUGUAGCUGAGAGCCAAGAUCAGAAAGGAGGCAAGCAUGGAGACUCAGGCUCAACUAGAACUGCAGAGCCAAAUCAACAGAGUCUACAUCACAAAAGCAUAAGUCACAGUAACAAUGUAGACAACCCUAACCUGUCAGAGAUGCACUGUGAUACUCACACAGGUAAACAGCCUUUAAAAUGUGACACAUGUGGUAAAGACUUUCAGUAUAAAUCAAAACUGAAGAGUCAUCUGACAAUCCAUACAGGUGAGAAGCCAUUUGCAUGUAAAACAUGUGGGAGAGCUUUCAGAAAUAAUAGUUAUAUGGUAAUCCACAUGAGAACCCACACAGGGGAGAAGCCAUAUUCUUGUAAAAUAUGUGGGAAAAGAUUUACUCAGAAAUCAGCAUGGAAACGUCAUAUAAGAAUCCACACAGGUGAGAAGCCGUUUGCAUGCAAAACAUGUGAGAGAGCUUUCAGAAAUAAUACUCACUUGACAAUCCACAUGAGAACCCACACAGGGGAGAAACCAUAUUCUUGCAAAAUAUGUGGGAAAAGAUUCACUCAGAAAUCAGAUUUGAAAUAUCAUAUAAGAAUCCACACUGGUGAGAGGCCAUAUUCUUGCAAAAUAUGUGGGAAUGGAUUUACAACUAAGUCAACAUUGAACUCUCAUAUAAGAAUCCACACAGGUGAGAAGCCGUUUGCAUGCAAAAUAUGUGGGAAUGGAUUUACGACUAAGUCAACAUUGAACUCUCAUAUAAAAACCCACACAGGUGAGAAGCCAUAUUCUUGUAAAACAUGUAAAAAAAAAUUCCAGCGUAAUAGUAACUUGAAAGCCCACAUGAGAACACACAUGGGGGAAAAGCUGCAUCACUGCAGCACAGAGGGUCCAGAGAUUAAAGAGUAACAGGAGGAACUAAAAGGAGUUUGACACUCCUGACUUCAGGGUUACACUCUGUAAUAAGUGUUGGAUCAUACACUAUUUCUACACACUACCUCAGCAAUGAGGUCACUGAGGUUAUUUCUUCGUUAGAGGAAGAUUGUCCGUCUGUUUUGGGUUAUUGGAUUGCAAUGGGAUAGUGCUUGAUCACCUGAACGUACAGGUGUAAAUACAGCUGUGAUGGAGGACAUGGCUGGUGGGAUGCUGGGCUUCAGAAGCUCGUGUGUAAUGCAUAGUGGUACAUGCAGGCAGUCCCUGCACGGCUCCGCGAGCAGGAGAACUCAGCUUUAGGAUUCAGGGGGAUCUAUUGGCAGAAAUGGAAUAUAGUAAUCAUAACUAUGUUUUCUUUUGUCUAUAAUCACCUGA